UGUGUGUUGAGUUGGAGGAGGGACUCCUCGUCGCAGAGAAGAUCGUUUAGAGAAGUCAGAAGUUGCUUCGCCAGCGAAGAGAGAAGUGAGGCGGCGAAAAGACCAUCAGAGCCUCAGACAUGAAAGUCCUUCACACCCUGAUCUGCUUCUUUCUCUCAGCGCUGCAGGACAGUAAGACACGUCUCGCUGGUGCAGAGGUCGUCUGGACUGGAACAGAAGGAGGAGCCAUCACAGUUACAUGCUCAUUUUCUUUAUCUGGAAAGAAGAGACUCUUCUGUAAGGAGAAAUGUGGAGAAGGAGACGUUCUUAUAGAAACAGAAGACGACAUAAAGAAGAGUGGCAGAUAUAUCAUUCGAUAUGAAGAAGGAUUUUAUCCAGUGUCAAGCACAUUAGUUCAUGUGACCAUCAAGCAGCUGACCAUGUCGGACUCAGGAUCGUACGAGUGUGGUUUGAAAAGAUCCCUUGGUAAAGAUGGAUACGAGCAGAUUAGGAUCAACGUCAGAGGCGCCACAGCCACUUUGAAACCAACCCGGACUGUCCGACCCUCGUCGGCAACAGUCCCAGCAGCCUCCGCCGCGACGACUCAGAGCUCGUGCUCCAGUGCAGGAAGCUCCACGCCUUCAUCGGCCGGCAAUGAAAGCACCAAGCAGCCUGAGACGUCACCUGCAGGUCCAGAUCUGCUGCUGUACGUGAGCCUGACUCUGGUUUUCAUGAUCAUCGUAUUAUUAGUGGCUCUGCUGGUAUUCUGCAGGAACGGGGCCAGUAAACCCAGAGAAUUUCCAGAGUCUCUAGCGGAGGAUGAGGAGAGCCGAACCUACGAGGAGAUCAGAGAGGAGCGCGGAGGGAGUAGAUCUCCUCCUGACCAGGUUUCUACGGUUUACUCUCUCGCACAACACGCCAAGCCAAACGCAGUGGAAACUACAGACUGCUACAGCCUUGUCACCGCACCUUGUUCUCAGAAGGAAGCUGAAGAGGACUCGAGUGCACUCACCUACUCUGAGGUGAACACUCACAAAGGUGCGGCUCCAUCGCCCAACGGCGGCCUCUACGGCGACGUCAGUACUGUCAUCUACUCCGUGCCUCGGCUUGCUUAAGUGAGUCAGAGCCAGCCACGACGAAGACGCUUCGCUUCCUCUGCACCCCGUCGCCUCUGAUGGGAAUUAUUUUUUGUAUUAGUAGAUACAAAAUGGAAUUGAUACUGUAUUUAUGUUUAAAAGCUCUGUACACGAUUGUUUUUCUCAGAAACCAUUGUUGACAGCUUUAUGUUUUUAGGUUGUCCGUUUGCCCAUCUGAGUGAACAUUUUUAAUAACCUAGCAUGUUAUAUUUUUGCCUCAAAACAUAAGUUUAUUUGGGUUUUAGUGGCUUUAGUGACUUCCUUUACUAAGAUAUUUUUAUGACUCACUAUAUUUCUUAAAUAACUAUAUUUUCAGAUAAAAAAUAUAUUUAUAAUUAAAUGUAUUUUGACAUUUAAAAAAUACUUUACUAUGGCAUUACUAUGGCUUAAUAUGACAUUUUUAUGACAUAAUAUAGUAUGAAAUAUUACAUCCUACAGGGACAUUGUGGGCCUUUUUUAUUACUUGGUAAUAAUUUGAAAGUUAUAUGACUUGUUACUGAAUGUAUUUAAAUAAUGGUCAAUAAAAUUAUCAACACAACAGUAAAUUACAUAUUUUUAAUUAAAAUAAAUUUGACAUACAUUGGCAUUUUAAACAGUAUAUGGUCUUUUAUCUUUUACAAAACAUUUCUAUAAAUAUUCUUACUGCAGUGUGUCCGACUACAGUAUGAACAGCAGCUGUUUACACCGCAAGCAGGUUGAUAUUGUUGAAAAUAAACUUAACCUGAUUUACCGUUAAUGUUCAUUUGUCCAUCGGGGUCACGGCACGUGUUUCAAACAAAUGUGGCAACACCAACUGAACACAAACAUAAUAUUAACACAGAUUCACGUCAUGUGAUUCCUUGACUGCAACGCUGCUUGUCCAUGUUGUCGAUUUAAAAGGAACGAAGAAACACAUUGCAAAAACCUAUUUAACUUAAGAUGUAAAACAGUAAAAUGGAAGACAAUCAAAUGGAUAAUGUUUCCCUUUACAACCUUACAGUGAUCAAAGAAGAGUCAAAAUUACAAAACAAGAAACUAAUACAACAUGUGCGUGUGAUGUUCAAAUAAAGGAGUGUCACGUAAAACAGAAACGCUGUGGCACAUUAAAGGUAAACACACUCGGGAGGGAGAGGAGGACGGUCACGCUGACAGGAUAAAAAGCUGCAUAGAAUCAAUAUCACAACUCUCUAAUGUAGAGAAGACGACGUCGGAAGGUCGCGUGCCGUUUCUACUCUCAAGCAGAGUCUCAAGCCAAAAUAUACUUUUCACUUUUUCCUGGAUUCCACUUCGAGAACAGUUUCACUAUACGACUCUGCUCUUUAGUGUCCAAGUACAAAUUGCGCAGCGUGGAUUCACCUUCGUCACCUUGUUCAGAGCAGGAGAGGAAAAAACUGAGGCCUGAACGGACAAACUGUUAAAACUAGAGUUCUGCAUCGACCCGAACCUGGAAUCCAAGUCUGCAUCAUGUUUUUGUUUUUUUUGUGUUAAAUUAUUAUCAUGUACAGUUUUAGGCCAGAUUGAUAUGAAACAUCUGCAUUGUAUAAACUAUUUUCUAAAAGAAAAGUUCAUCCUAAUGCAUUAAACUAAUCAAACAAG